AUGGCCGCACCAUUCGCAAGCCUCCAGCAGCUCAACGCGCGCCGUGAAUCGCGGCAUAGCCGCAACCGCUCUUCGCCUGGGCCGCAGCUCGCGCCUUCUUACGCCUAUCACGACUUUUACGACCGUCCCACGCCUCGCAGUUUCAACUCUUUCAAUUCAUAUGCUAUACCCGCCCCUUCAGGAUCUGGAUCCGCAGAAAGCUGGCAGCCGCCGGUGCCGUAUCAGAGUGCAAGCCCGCCGACGUAUCCCGGGCCCGAGCAUGCGCAUCUUUUCCAGCCUUUGCCUAUGCCUGUUCCGCCGCAGUACUCGGCAUACCGCCCGCCGCCGCCGGAUCCUCAGGUCGGACAAGGUCACGCCGCGCCUGCGCCGUACUACACCUACCUUCACCCAUCUGCCUCGCAGGCGUGGUCAGAUCCAUCACUCAGAGACUUCGCGGCGGGCUUGGAUCAGCGCGCAGCGCCCAUCACUCGGGACAGGCCGUCAGAGUACGAUCUGUCGCGUAGACCCGUCUGGGACGCACCGUACCAGCCCUUCCUGACUUCUCAAGAGCCGCCGCGACGAGACCAUCAUCAUCGCGAGGAAGUGUUCUUGCCUUACGGAGACUUCAGUCCUCAAAGCGGUACAUGGAGAGCGCCCAGUUCGUCUGAACAUCGCCGUUCGCGGUCGCACUCGCAUUCGCACUCGAGCGCUGCGUCUUAUCCGUAUCAGUUCUAUGCGUACCCUGUGGCGGCGAUGGCGCCGUAUCCUGCCGCGGCGUACCAUGCGUCUCAGUAUCCGUUCUAUCCGCCGAUGGAAAAACCCAAGGAAAAACGGCCCAGGUCUUCGCACAAGGAGAAGGAGAACUACCGCCCGAUCAUUAUAUCACCACCCAUGGGACAACAACCCUUUAUACCCUCGUCGAACUCUCAUUCGCAUUCGCACUCUCACUCGUCAUCGCCGUCUCCAUCUCCACCCCGUCGCAAGUGCUUCCUCACGCGUCUUUUCAGCAACGGUAGCGACAAGAAGCCCGGGAUGGCUAAGCUGCCCGAGCCCAAGCCAAAGGAUGUGCUCUUUGACAGCUCGCCCUCGAGCACUAGCUCGGGCUCGUCUACGCUCGCGAAUUUCGGGUCGCAGGGAGGGUUGGCGGGAAGUGGGAGGAAGGAGGUGAGGUGGGGCGAGAUCAAGCACUGGUAG